AUGGAAGACCCCAGAGUCUCGUGUGCUGCCAAGACCGGACACGCCGCCUCGCAGCCAAGAACCUAUGGGGCCGUGCGGGAGCGAGACAGAGACGGAAGGAUGCAAGUGCCUGAGGGGGAGGAGAACGGCGAAGCGCCUAAACGCAGCCAUUCUCAGUAUGCAGUCGCCGCCCGCCUCGUCGCGUCUUGCGCUGUAGAUUUGCAAACCUUUCCCCUGGCGUCUCCGACCGCCUUCGCCGUGCCACGCCCUUCUUGCGCCCCUGUUGAAGGCUCGCUCUUCUCGCGCCUCCCACUCAUCGGUCGGUUCCUUGUGUUGACGCAAGGAACGGAGGCCGGCAGCCCAGGAGAGACAGCGGGGCGCCUUGACGCCGGAUCCGCGUCGCUUUCUGCGUCUUCCCUCUGUUGUCCUGAGCUCUCGUCGCUCCUGCCAAACUCACACGUCUGCCGAUGGCGAAACCAGGUGUAUGUGACUGCGUGGCGCGGCUCCACGGUGUACUGCUACGUCCUCGCAGUACCCUCGUCGUGCUUUCUAGAGGACGAGGAAAAGCCUGGACAGUCUCCGACAGCUGCCGCGACCUAUUACACCCACAACCAGCCAGUGGGCAUCGCCAGACUUAUCCCGGAGCACGGGCUUCUCCUGGUUGCGGGGAUCCUCGACGAGAACGACCUAGACCCUGACUCGGGUGACGUUUUCCUGUUGCAGUACGACAACGUCGAUCUCGACAGCUCAUCGCAGUCGUCUUCCAGCAACAGAUUCGAGAACGCCCUCGUUUCGUUUUCUCCCUCGGUUCCCUCCCCGUUUCAAGAUUUCAAAGUGUUUUUUCCCCCGUCAGAGACCGACUGUGGAUCGACUUCCGAGCCGGUGCCGCUGCGCAUCAAGCGCGGAUUUCGUCUCGCUGCUCCCAUUCAUGGUCUCUCGCUCGCUGUGAGCUGCCAAGCCGGCCUUCUUUUGUUUUCCGCGGACGCCCGGAAGAAGAAGGCGUCCGUCAUUUUCCUGUCAGACGACGCUCUAGAGGAUCUGAAAACGGACGCCGACGCGACGGGCUCGGCCCCAGAAACUGCGCCUCGUCACGCUGCGGCUCGACUGGCGGCUUCGGAAGCCCCGCCUGUUGCAGAGUGCGAGGACAGAGGGGAGACGGCUGGAGCUGCCGGCGACGAACCGCCUCGUCCGUCGUUCCCAACGGAAAAUGUGCCUUUUUCGUUGUGCACCAGCGAACACCUGCCGACACUCCCAUCGAAACCGACGGCCUACGCCCUGGAUCGACGCGCUCAGCGUUUCUUUGUGGGGGGCUUUGACGCUGAAGACGGACGCGUCUGGCUCGCCGUCACGAAUUUCGGUCAUCUGCGCCCCGAGUUGGAUGAAGAGGAUUACCAAGAUCCUGGGAAGCUGCGCCUGCAGCGCGCGUUUCUCGAAGAGCAGGCGCGGCGCCUGGCUGAGGACGACGAAACUGCGUCGACUGCGGAGUUAGAUCGUCCCGUUGUUCUCCUGUUCCCUCUCCUUUCUUGUCUUCGAUACGCCGCCAAAGUAGCGGCCAGCCUCAAGCGCAAAGCCGCGCAGAACCUCGCCGAGAAGGCCUCACCCGAGAGGUCCAUGGAGCCGAAGCCGGGCGAGGCGAGUUGGGGCCAGCGUCUCGCGGGCGCACCGCCCCCCGGUGCUGCCGACGAGAGGGAUUACCAAGUCUCUUCGGUUCUCGGCGAGCCGUGGGGCGCGCAGUUCUACCGCCCUGUUGCCGUUGCCGAACUCCGUUCCCUGUUGAAUCUGGACGUGGAAGAGACUUUCUCAAGCGGACGGGAAGGACUUCCAUCUGGACGCCCCACUGUCGACGACGAGGCUGCGACGCUUCUCCUCUCUCACGACCUGGCUUCUGCACGGGGAUACUCGUGCUCCGGUCAUUCGCCCUCUCGAUCGCUCUCCAGAGCUGGCGGCGCCUCCCACGCGCUGCCCCGCAAUGCCUCUCCAGACGGACGCCUCAAGCCGAGUCCGCAACUCGAACAAGACGAAGCGGUGGAGAUCGCCCACAUUGCUGUGAGCCGCAGCGGGAGGCGCAUCGCGGUCACUCUGUCGACGUGUGAGGUUCUGAUUCUUGUAAAAAACGAUGGCGUGUCGCCUGUCGUUGCACGCGCGGGUGACGCGAGCCCUGGCAGAGCCGAGAACCCGACCGCCUUUCCUCGACAGAAAAGCCCACACAUGCACCAGGCCCCGCCGCUCGGCGCUGCAAAAGACAAAGCCGCCACUGCGCCUCCUUGCCUUUCUGCGGCUGGACAGGAAACGUACUUGGCCACGGUGCCUGACGCCGCUUCCGACCCGUCCUCAGCGCCUUUCCUGCCGUGGCUUUACCUCCCCGCCCCCUUUGUGACCUCUUUGAGGAUUUCCGCGAGUCUCGGGCGCCGCGAGGUUCGGCCUGCGCCGGAACUGCUCGCCAGCGCCCUGCCGCGGAGUGUCGCGGCGCCGCCCGCCAAAUCAGGUGUGGAAAACGCAUUCUCUCUCGCGUCGUCGCUGCAGCGGUUUCCCGACUACGAGGGCCUCAGCGGCCUUCUCGGUUGCGCCUUCAGUUCCGCACCUGGCGCGGGGAGAAGCGAGAAAGACGAGCAGGGGAGUUCGCCGGAAGAAGACGCCGAGGAAGUCCUUCUUCUCGUGCUAGGCGUGAGAGCUUCUCGCGAGCGUCUUCGGGGUCUUGCGGGCUUCGAGCGCGAGGUCGACGUCCCCCUGCCGGAGGCUGUCUCCACGUCCCCGCCCUCCUGUUCGCCCUCUGGGCCAGGUGAACCUGCUUCACGGGCAGAGACCGUUCCUGCAGCUCGGGAGGCAAAAACGGCGAGCUCUCUGGACGGCGGCCAAGGGGAAGACGCUGGCAGUGGAAGUCUUCCUGCUUCGCGCGGCGAGAACGGAUCUGGCGCCGGCAGCGCGGGCCUCGCUGUCAGUCACCCUCACAAGCUUCAGGGUAGAGACAGAGCAGGCCUUCUCUGCGACGAACUUUCGCCGACGCCGUCAAUGGCUGUAGAUGUGUGUGCGCUCAGUCUGAAGGCGGUGAAGGCUUGCCUGGAUCGAGGAGAAGGCGCAGUCGCGUGGAAGAAACCAGUGCUCGCCGUUCUGCCGAACGCCGCGCCGCAUGUGACUGGGAACGCCCAGCGCUGGCUCUGUCCGUGUAGCGCUGCCGCCGCGGCCCUCGGCGUGGGCCUUCUGCCCCCCAGCUGGGGAGAAGAGGGGUGCGAAAGAGCCGGAGACACGCCGAUGGAGCCGCGGAGGAGGGCUGUGACGGGCUCCUGGGGGCGCGGCGCAGAGGAGACCGGGGGGACAGCAGAUCGCGAGGGAGUGCCGAAUGCUCUCACAUUGGUUUUGACUCUCGAAUCUUCUCGCGGGAGAGAAGAAACGGAGAGAGAGAACCUGGCCGCCCGCGACGCGCGUGCCCGACGAGGAACGAGCACGUUUCGUAUAUGGGCCGUGGAGGCUCAGAGCGUGGAGCAUCUCACCGCGGAGCUAAGGCGGCGUUCCCGCUUCCCAGAGGCCGAGCGAGUCUGUGCCAAUGCUCUAGAAAACCUUCGCGAACAAGAUGUCUUUUUCGAGCCCGAGGAAGGAGAAGCAGAGACCGCGAGUGAGACGACGCGCGAAGAACGCGACCGGAGACAGAGAGCGGCCAACGUCCAGUGGUAUCGAGACCUUCUGGAAGAUAUCCGAGAGGCGCGAUGGGCGCAGCGAGGAAGCCACCCUGACGCGGCGGAAGAAGACUUCAAGGUUUUCUUCUCCUUGCGUCCGAAAGACCCCUCGUGGUUGGUCUCUCAAGCUCUCGCGUACGAUCCGUUUCAACUGGUUUCCCCUUCGUCUUUUUCCGUUUCGUGUGUCCGUCGAUCUGCUCGACGCCCUGCGAUUCGCUGCGGGAAAGCGCGCCUCACGGAGCGUCGUGCGCUACCGGGUGGCGGGGAGGAAGAGCGCGGAGAAAGCGAGACGGCGCGCUUGUGGAGACGGGAAGAAGAGCGAGGAUGCGAGAUUGUGAGGCGGUGGGCGCAAGGCCUGGAGCGACUGGACCGGAUGCUCGUGUAUCUCCUCGAAGACAGCGUCUUGGAGACGAUCACGGCAGCCUCCGGCCAGGCGCUCGCCUCGCGGUCUGCGCUGAGGCGUGAGCAGAGAGGAGACGGCGGGCACAGAGAGACGGCAGGGGCGCGCGCGCCCGAGCGACUGGAGAGGGACCGAGACCAGCUUCGGGAGCGUCUCCGGCGAUGUCGACUUCUUGCACUCUUCUGCAACUCGCCUGCCUCGUCCUCUCUCCCGGCAUGUUUCUCUGGCGCGACGGGUUCGCGGCCAGGAGUGCAGGAGACUAGCCCUCCCCUCGUUCUCUCGACGCCUCUUCAGCCUUUCGGGUGGGGGGCGCCCGACCCGAGUUUGCCGCUGAGCGGAGAAGCAAAGAAUGUUUUGGACGGUCCGUCUCUUCCGUCCUCGGAGGUCCCCUCUCACGCAUUUUCGUCUUCCCGCUGCUUCGACGCUGUGGGAGGGGCGUCCUUCUCGUCCCUCUCGUGCUUGUCUCUCUCUCUGUCGUCGCUUCUCCUCUCUCCUACGUCAUCUUUUUCCGCGGAGACAUCGAGCGCGUUUCUGCGCAGCCUCUGCUGCGUGUGGAGCGCCACUUGCCGCUUAGACUGCAUUGUCGCAGUCUUGCAAGGCCGCGCCUGUUCGGAGACCGCGGCGAGUGCCGUCGCCGACUCGGCUCACUGGCCUCGAAUUCUCUCUUCUCUUCCCGAAGCCUUGCAUCCGGUCCACUACGCGCAUCUUCUUCCUCUUCUGUCUCCGGCUCCUCUCUCGUCGCCCCUCCCUGCUCCCCUGGCUUCUUCGGCGGGUCGCCUCCCUCUGUCUCCCUGCCUCUCGCCUUCGGGCCUCGCCGCCUCCGCGUCUCCCGCGCCGUCUCUGGCUGCAGAGAACGGUGGACCCUCCUUUCUGGUCGUGGAGUCCGAUCCGCGGCGCUUCCUUUCCUGGACGCUUCGGCGUCUGUUUGUGAUUUUAAAAAGAACCGAACUGAUUCGAUCUGUCGCCCUCCCGCUUCUCCAGGCGCUGCUCUCUCUCGCGGUCAAGCAGCGCCUUCCUCAAAGCCUCAGAAAGGCCAACCGCCGGAGUCGGAAGCGAGCGCUCGAACGCGCCACGGCUCUGCACGCUCUCGCAGCUGUCUCCGAGGCCUGCGCGAAGGAAGAGCCGCAGGACGCGGGGGGGUCACGAGAGCAAGACAACGGGACGCCGGAGAACCCCGCCGAAGAGACGCGCGGCACGGCGGACGCGCAGGACCAGAAACGCGAACGCGCAGAGAAGAAAGAGAGCGACAGAGCGCGAGAAGACGCACGCGUCUCGGCCCUCGCCGCAGCGGUCCUUGCGGUUGGCGUUUCUUCGAAAACGACGCCGCCUUCAGAGUCUUCCUCGUCGCGCCGGCAACCCCCGAGGGCGACCGAGGCCGAGCCUGUCUCCCCGCGUCGGGUGGCAAGCGGCUCGUCAGAUGCGCAUGCACGCGGCGCGGCCGGGGAUCAGCUGGAAGCUUCGCUCGCCCAGAGGCGCGUGGAGACCGCGAAGGAGGAAGACAGGAGUCGCGCAGGCAACCGCGACGAGAGCGUUCUGGGACCAAGGAGUAGCGGAGUGUCCACGGCCCUUUCGGAGUCGCUCGGCAGCGAAAGAAAGGCGAAGAACUGCGAGAACAUGGACCGGGCUUCGCCCUGGGCUCUUUUUGGCUCGCGGCCAGACGGCUACGCCUCGAACUGGCAAGCGCUUUUCAAGCCCCCAGGGCCGCCGUCGCCGCUGCUGCUGUCUGUCGCCGGCGACCUCCUCCGAGCGCUCUACGCGCUGCAUGUGGCGCUGACGCAGUUUCUGCUCUACGAGGAAGAGCAGAAGCGCAGGAGGGCGAUGAGGAGGGCGAGGCAAACGGAAGACGGGGACGAGGCCAGCAGCCAGCACGAGAACUUGCCGCGGUUGACGGCGGACGAACGGCUGAUCUUCCCGCCCGCGAACUGGGAAGGGCGCGCGCCACGGGGCGCACCCGCACGACGUCCCGUUUCGCCCGCUCAGGAAGACCUCGACUUCUUCACUUUCCUUCGGCUGCCUCUUCACUCCCGCCUCGCCCUGCUGACUGGCGUCGCGCACUGGCGUGGAGACAGGCCCCCGAGCUGCGGCGAGCAAGAGAGAGAAGAAGCCGUGCGCGUCGUCGAGAAGUUGCGGCGGGGCGUCGUCCAACCCCAGGUGUUGUUUGACGAGAUCUUUUGGAAGCCGCGAGAAAAGGACAAGGCUGGGGAGGAAGAAUCGGAGGGUGAGGCGACGGGCGCGGCGUUCGACUCGCAGCUCCGUUUGAGUUGCGCCUUCGGAGGGGGACGCGGGCGACUCGUCCAGCGGUCAGAGUUCGCGGAGUCUCUCGCGCGACUCCCGGCUGCCCCGACCUCUCUGUCGACUGUCUCUUCUCUCGCUGACUUCUGUGCGUGUCUCAACGCCUUCUGCGCGUCGCCCAUUUCCCAGCAACUCGCAGACUUCUGCCUCGAGGUUCUCCCCUGGUCGUCUCCGUCUCUUGUGCGGUCGCUUCCCGCCACCGCUCCGCGCCUUUCGGCGGACAAAGUUGACGCCCUGCACUUAGGUCGCCGGAGUCUCGCGGUCGUCGCCGAAGUCGUUCAGGCGAGUUCGCCGCUCGUCGCGCCGUCUUUGCGUCUCCUGCGUCGCAGGUCGGACGUGGGCGAAGUCGCUCUUUGCGCAGUGUAUCAUCGAUCGAGUCUCCUGUCCGCGUCUUCGCUGCUCUCCAUCGUCGACCGGCUGUACAACGCACUCCCCCAGAGCUUUGAAGAAGAGCUGGGUGAGCAGCCAGCUGGGCAGGAAGAACUCGGCGAGAUGUACGGCGGCCGGAGCGAAGGCACGGAGACGGAGAGGCGACAAGCGGAGAGAACGUGGUUUCUGGAGCGGCGAAAACGCCUCCGCGUCCUGGCGGGGGGAGCAGAUAUGCUGGAGCAGCAUCUCGACGUCGUCGAAUUCCUCAACCGCCACCUCACGCCGGCGCCGCCCAGUGUCACGUUUCAGCAGCUGAAAACGGCGUGCCUGUCUCCAUCUUCCGCGCGUAUGCUGUGUGCGUCUCUCCUGCGAGCGCUCUGCCGCGCACCGAGAGUCGCCGACGCCGGGGAAGGGACAGAGACGGCAGGCAGCGACGCGGGACUCUCGAGGCUCCCGGACCGGCGGGAUGGGCCAUCCGCGUCGGGGGAGGAGACAGCUGCGGUCGGCGCGGCGGAGCCCAUCACGUGUGCCCAACUUCUCGACCGCGCGGUGUACGUGCACCGGCGUGCGUGCGCAGCUCUCGCUCCUGAGGACCUGUACGAAAUCCUGUUAACGACGUGUGCGACUGAAGUCUCCUUCUCUUCUCUUCCGCGAUCGCCUUCCGCGGCUGGCGGCUUCGCGUCAGUGUUCCAGCACCUCCGGCCGCUCGCCCGCGCGUCGAGCGCCGCCCUCGGCCGCGAGCGCAGCACAGGUUCGGCCUUCUCGCCAAAGCGCGCGUUGCUCGAGAAGCUUCUGGAGCGCUGGCGAGACGUCGCCCUCCUCGGGGGAGACGCGCAACUGGCGGCCUUCUUUCCGCGCGCCGCAGCGUCUUUGCUGGCCUGCGCCCGCGACCUCGUCAACGCCGCCCCGAGCAUCGGCGAUCCUUCUCUCGCCGCCGCUCAGGAGCUUCUGCGCAUCUGCCUGGUCCUCGACAGUGAUCGCCGGCGCGUGAGGCUGCAGCGCAAGGCGGAACGGAACGCGGGGCGGAACGCUCUCGACGAGCCUGCGCUGGGCUCUGGCUUCCCGCAGGAAAAGAAACCCGGAGAAACCGCGCGCGUGCAAAGAGCGGCGAAUCCCGCCACACGCCCUGUCUCGCCUGGGCAGCAGAGGGAAGAUUCGACGCUGGGCUUUGAGAGACAGAGCGAGGUCCUCGCUCGACAGGUCCGCUCGGAGCUUCGCUUUCUUGCCUUCCUCGAGGCGCUCAACGCCCUCGUCACGUCCCCGGCCCUCGUCUCCGCAGGCGCCGCGACCGUGCACGGGACCAGACCCUCGCUCGCCGGUCCGGCUGUGGCUGUCGAGGGGAAGAAAGUCUUCGGCGUCGAGUUCGAAGCUCUCGCGUCAGUUGCUGGAUCCUCUGCCAAGGCCGCCAGAGCGGCGAUGGUGGGCGCCGCCCGCGGCGGCGGCGCCCUGGCACGGGGAGCCGUGGAGGUUUCAGGCUCUGCGGCGUCCUCGACGAUGCGUCUUCUUCGCUCCUACGGAUCCUCGGCGAGCGUCGAGAAUCGGCUUGUACACGGAGAAGCGACGCAUCGUGCGGACGGCGCGGCCGAAAGCAGCCGAGGCUUCACUGCCGACGCCGCGAACUGCGUGGCUCAAGAGACAGCUCCGAGAAGCCGUUCCGCAGGGCCUGUCAGUUCUGCCGUCUGGUGUGGUUCGCCAACCUCCGGCCUUCUCGCUCUCGCCUGGCCUUCCACUCCGCUGCAGGUGCGUGUGGCAGCUACAGUGCCCGGCGGCUUGGCGCGCCUGGUGCAGGCGAUUCUCCGCGCGUGUCCAGAGGCGGCGGACGAGAACCGGCUUCUGGAGAAACUCGCCAGCUUGCUGGACGACGGCGAGCGAGAGGGGACCUGGCGAGGAAGGUGGAGGCUGCACGAGUCGCGCGCCUGGGCGUACUGGGUGAGAGGGAGGGUGGACGAGGCGCUGCGCGUCCUCGCGACGCUCCUCGUGUGGCAGCAACAGCCCUUUGGAGGAGGGACGGAGACGAAACGCAGAGAGACAGCAAGGCGAACGAGCGAAGAGAGGCAAAGAGGAGGCGGAGGCGCAGACGAAGCAGACUCUGGUGAGGAAGCGAGGCGAGAGAGGCCGCCAAGAGAGGGCCGGACGGCUGUGGACGGAGCGCAGGUGCUCGCGUUGACAGGAGACGUUCGAGUCGACUUGCGUCCUUUGGAGCAAACGGUUGAGAGAACGGUCGGGAAGCGUGAGGGACGCGGCCGCCGAAAUUCGAACUGUCUCCGCCGCAUUCUUGCGGAGGCCGAUCCGUCUCUCUCCGUCCUCACUUUGCAGUUCUCCAACAGGCGUCCUCUUCCGUUUCUCUCUCGGCCAACGCUCGACCGUCGGUCCUCUUCUUCGUCGCUCUCCUUCGAGACGGCCUCGCGAGCUCGAUCUGUGUGCUUGUCGCCCAACCUCCGAGGCGCGCUCCUCGCUUUGGCGGUGCGGCGGUGCGACGCGCUGCGCCUGCCGCUUCUCCUCGGCGCGUUCGCGGCUGUGCAGCACGAGCACUUCAUGCUCCAGGCGGCGGCUCUGUUCCCGCGGAAGACCACUGUGCACGGAGAGAAGCGACGGGCGGACCCCGUCUUCGAAGUCCAGAAACGAGACAGAGAGGGUGACGCGCUCGAAGCGCAGAGCUCGCCCCGCAGUUUUUCUCGCGACAGAGCGGCGCUUUCGGCCUCUGCAACGCCGGCUGUUGGCCAGAAAGGGCUGCUGUCUGCGGAGAGCCGCGCGGGGGCUUCUCCGCAGCGGUCGCGUUCCUCAGAGAGAAGAAAAAGUGCAUGCGCCAGUCUCGAUUCUCCAGCUUGGAUCCCUGCCACGAGUGCAGACUGGUUCGCCGGCGCGGAAAAUCUUCCCGCGUCCGUUCCCUUCGCUCCUUGGGUGCGCCCGACUCUGGAGAGCGACGCUCGCGAGGCCAGCGGAGACGCGGGCACCCGCAGGCUGCUGGCGCCGCCCGGCGGCGCUUCCAGCUUCUGGACGCAGGGAGAGGUCCGAGGCGGAGGUCGUUUGGGAAGCCGCGAAGAAGCAGAGAGCUCUGUCUGGAGGUUCUCGGGAGGACAGACAGGGGGCGGAAGAGCGGCAAUCGCGCAGGAGAGUGAGGCGACGUCGGCGUCUUUCUCUCCGAAGGUCUUAACUACAUCUCUCUUUUUGCGGUCGCGGGCAGCCCUCGGUCUCUCGGCUCCCCGCAGCGGCGCUGCAGCCGAGGCUAGCAGCAAAUCUGUCGAGCGACGUGCAAUGGACUCUUCUGCGUUGUCAUCCUCUUCUUUUCGCACAAUAAAACCGCCACCGGUUGCUCCGGCUGCCUUUGUUUUCUCGGCGAUUGGCGUCGCUGAGGGAAUGGUGAGUUUCGCAGCGUCGCGAGCGCGGCAGGAAUACGACAAGCGUUUAGGUUCGCGGAUGGCGUCCUCAGCCUUCUUCGGGAAAGGCGGCGAAGCGGGAAAGAACGAGGCAGAGACUGAGGGACGACGCGGGGAGACAGCACCCGGAUGGCCGUCGUUUGCGAGUCGUGGCUCCACAGAAGGGUGCGACGAAGACGGGGCAACACGAGGCGACUCCGAUCUCCCCGCGACUGCCCCUGGAGGGACGAUCCGAACGGGGAGAGCGCCGGCGGGCCCUCUCGCCGAGGCGGUUCGCGCUAUGAAGCCAGUGGUUUCUUCGUCGGCGGGAGACAAAGAACGGAAGCACCCUGGAGAGGGAAUCCCGCCGGCGGAGACAGAUCCGGUCGACGCGCACCUGGCUGCGGCUCCACCGGCUCGGGGACAGGUCCGGAGCGAGGCACAGCGUAGCGAGAGAGGGAAGGAAGACGCGCUGCCGCGAGAGGUCGGACUCCAGAGAGAAGGAGGCAGGGAGGAGGGGAACACGGAGACGCGAACAAAGUCAGAGGAGCAAAAGAGAGAAGAGACAGCUAUGUCGCCAGAAGCAGUUCUCACCGCCGAACCGCAUGUCCUCUCGUCGCUCGCUGAUUCGAGUGGUGUGGGGCUGUCGAUCGUGCCGUUUCUCCUGUUCUGGCCCCAGACAGUCGGUGCGGGAUCUUCGUUCCGGCCGCCUUCUGACUCCACACACCAGCCGCCUGGGUGUCUCCACGCGCAGGCGCUCGUCUCGCUCGCGCCGGCUUCCGGCUGGGACCUCCCGCUUCUUCUUUUCUGCUCGUUUCUGGUCCAGGCGGGCAGAGACACCGGGGAAGAGGACACAGGCGAGCAGCGUCUCAAGCGGCACGCCACAAGGCCCGUGUGUGGGGAGCAAACGGAGGAGACCGAGCACGACGAAAAGUAUGUUCAGCUGUCGCAUCCGGGGGCAAGCCUAGCAAGCUUCCAAGCCUUCCUGCAGGCCUUGCUUCAAACAGACGUUGAGGCUGCCUUCCUCGUUGCUGCGCUCCUCUCCUUGGUUUCCCGCUGUCCCCGUUCUUUUCCUUCCGGUGUCUCCUUCUCUGGAGACGGGGACGCCUCGUCGACUUCGGCCAGGCCACGCGUGCCCAAGGCGAGGGACGGGCGCGAGCGGGGCCUCCAACCCGCGAACUCGCGCCCCGGAGUAGCCUCCGCUUUUCCGCAGUGUGCGCUUCUGCUGCUUCAUAGUUUUCUCGCUGCCGCUGGCGACGCUGCAGCGGAACGCAGGGGGGACAAGCCGCGGGGCGCCCCGUCCUCUCCCUCUCCGUUCUCGCUUCUGUCUUCCCGUGCGUCUUCCGCCUCUGCCUGGAAGCAGCAUGCAGCGUUCUGUCCGCCGUCGCGUGUGUGGAGCGGCGCGCCUUGCGCGGCCCGAGCCGAUGUCGCGACGGAAGUGCUUCUGCAACUUCUGCUUCGAUGGGAGGCGCUCUUCUUCGCUUCGUGCCCCGCUGGAAGGUCCCCUGCUGAUCCGGAUUCGCCCUUGAACUCGCCCUUGGGUCCCCGCGCGCGAGAAAGGCGAGCAGAGACGCGCCUGGUCUCUGUCUCGCCCGUGUCGCUCGUCCACUCGCUCUUCCUCGUCCGCGACUUCCUCCACGCCUCCAGCGUCGUGCUGCUUCUUCUCGGCCUCCUGCCGGAGGCGAGGAAAGAGGAGACGGGCCGAGGCCCACGCUCUCAAAGGCCCCCUCUGGCUGACUCGUCCCUGCGUAUCGGCGAUUCGCCCACCGAGGAGACACUAAUCCUGGGCGACUCCCUGGAUGCCGCCUUUCUCUCCUCGCUCGCCGGCGACCCUGCUUUCAGGCGCCACGUGCUGCUGCGGGUCACGCAGGCGUUCCCAGAGAAAAUCGACUCCGUCACAGCGCUUCUUCCCGCGGCGAACUCUCUUCAGAGCGCUCUGGGAGACUUGGACACCUGGCCCUGGGAGGCGCGCGAUGCCCCGCCGUUCUCGCUUCUUUCUCUCUGUGCAGGCGACCGCCGUAGCGAGACCGAUCCGCAGAGACAGGGUCGAGAGCAGCGAAUGCCCUCGGACACAAGGCCGAAGGAAGAAAGGACGCCGGAGACAGAGGCGCGCGCAGCUGGGGCUGCGUGGGCGAGGUCCGAGCAAGCAGGAGCGCAGAGAGACGGCGGACACCUCGUGGAGCGCGGAGGCGGGGCGGGGGAGUUGCCGGUGAGUCGGGAAGCCGCGAGAAGCUGCGAGGAGCCUCUGGCCACAUUCGCCCGGUCGCGGCUUCUUUCGUCUUCGUCUCCGAUCCCUGCCUUUGCUUCGUCUCCGAUCCCUGGCUUUGCUUCGUCUUCGAUGCCUGCCUCUGCUUCGCCUUUCGGAUCGUCGCCGAACGAUUUUGAGCCGUCUACCCGCCUUUCCCUGCAAACUGCUUCGUGCGAGCAUGUGCCGGCCGCAGCCGUCGCGCUGCCGUCGUGUUUUGCUGGGCGCGAGGCAGAAGCUCUGGAGACGCAGAGAAAGCGCAUGCACCCCUCUGCUGAGUCCAAGUGUGGAGGGCAGUCACGGUGGGGCAGUGAGCGGGAAAGUCUCGAGGCGUUUCGCAUGCGCCUCGAAACGUUUGAAGGUCUCUUCCUCUCGCCGCUGCAGCCUCUCUCCACCUUCGUCGCGGAGCUUCACACCCAGAUGCCUCUUAUCUUCUUCCUGCCCGCCGAGAAACCCUGCCGGGGACGGCGAGGAAAGGCCGACAGGCAAGUGGAAGAAGAGGGAGAAGAAGACGAGGUAGGAGGCGUGUGGGAGACAGGCCGGUGGAUUGUGCGCCUUCUGAGGAUCUUCACGAAGGCUAUGGUCUGUUGUCGCUGCUCACAGAAGGGAACGGCAACCGGAUCUCUUGGGAAGGAAGUCAAGACACUUCUGGAUGUCGGUGGAGACGGGCGAGGAACCGGCGAGGAAGGAGAGGACGAACCUCGAGUGUCCGACGAGGGGGAAGAACGCCGCGCGAGUCAGCUCGGUGCGCAGCUGCAAGCUGCCGGUGUCUUUGCUGUACAGGAAGAGCGCAGCACUCCCUCAGCUUCGGCUGCUUGUCGCGCGUCUCCCUCUGGCGCUUUGCAGGGAGUCCUUGAGAAGACUCUGUUCCUUCGAUCGCUCUUCUCGUGUGCUGCUCGGGCAGCAGGUUGCUCACCGCAAACGUUUUUGUCAGCAGUACUGUUCGAGGACUGGAGGCGACCGGUGAGACGCAGGGAAGGAGAGGAGAAAAAAGAAGAGAAGGGAGAGGGGGAGGAAACGGGGGACAGCGAAGGAGAGAGAGAAGACAACGGUCGAGCAGGGGUGGCGUUGGGCAGAGCGACGAGCUUGAGGGAGGCUGGUAGAAGAAGAGAGAACCAAGUGGCUACGAUCGUAAGCGAAACGGGCUUAGGAUGUGCCCAGGUCGAUGACGCUCUGUCUGUUCUCUUUUCUCUUCUUCCUCUCGUUGAUAUCACCUCUCUCUUCCUUCCUCGCUCCUGGACGGAGCAGAAAGACUGGAGAGAAAAAGACCCAGAAGAAGAGAGAGGGGACGGAAGGCGAAGGGAAGCGAGUGAAGAGGGUGAAGAAGAGAAGGGACAAGAUCCGUUUCUGCAGGCAGUGCUCGAAGCGCUGGGCCAGUCGCCUGCGGCGUGGCCAAAGCGCCGGCCUCCCGCUGGAGAGGCAGAAAGCGUUGCUCUGCUGGUCUUCCUUCAGCAGGGUCCACCCCUUCUCUCUCGACGAGCUCCCGCCUCUUUUGUUGUUGAGGCUCUCUUUCUUCGUUACCUCGAAAGGCAAGCGGAAGCAGGCGGCUUUUCGUCUCUUGUCUCCUUGUCCGCUGGUGGAACUGGGCGCCAAGAAGACGACAACGGAGAGGAAGCGUUCGGUCGUCUCAAAGAAGGAGGCAGGGCGAUGACCGAACUGCAGCCCGCGCAUGCAGACGCCGCCCUAGACACAGAGGAUUUCGUGUCUCUACUUCUUCCUUUCCUUCCUCUCUCUCGCUGGGAAUCAACUGUGCGGCAACUUUCCGUGCGACUCGGCUUAUGUUCGAGAGAGACGCAGACACGCCCUGGAACGGGGUGGCGUUCAUUUGCGCGGCAGGCUGCGCUCCUUCAUAUCGUUCAGCACAUGCGUCAAUCCCUCGAGAGGUGUCUGAAGGCGGGAAAAGGCCCAGGAGAAGAACGGCGAAAAAGGUUCGCUGGAGACCAGAAAGUUGACAGAGACGGCGAGACACAGGAGACUCAGUUGGUGUUGCGGAACACCGAACGGCCUCUCCAUCUCCUCCAGCAACUUCGAUUUCAAGAGGCCUGGCUCCUCCUCGCUACUGCCUGGGAUCUUGCCUUUGCUCAAUCUUCUCCCUUCUGUCUCUCUUCGUGUCUCCUUCCCUCUCUGUCUCCUUCAGAGUCGCCUUGCCUUGCUUUGCACACCCACCACCCAUCUCCCUCUUCUUCCUCUCCUUUCUCUCUUUGUUCUCUCUUUUCCUCACCGUCCGGGAUACUCACGCAGGAUUCUUUUGCGUCUGCCUGCGUCAACGUCCUGCUGUACUGCGAGGAGUCAAAGUUUCCAGGCUUCGCGUCGUCUUUCUGGUUUGCCUUGGCUUCGUGCCCGUCGUCUCUCUUUUCUGAGCAUGACCUGAAGCGCGGUAGCGCGGCACGGGCGGCAAAGGGACAGGAAAAGGCGACAAUACAACAGCUGGCGGCGACAGGCCUCGGGAACCUGCGGACGCGGGCCGCGAACCUCCUCGCUGGUCUGUCUGUCUCCGCGGAAGGCGUUGAAGACAUAGGCGGCGAGAGACAGACCCCGGCGGCGUCUGUGCGAGCGAGAGAGACCGCUUGCGAGGCCGACUCGGAAGCCGGAAGCGCUGUGGGUGCCUUUGUCGUCGCAGGGCUCUUGCCUUGGCUGCAGAAUCUUCAUGCAAGACUCUGUGGAGCCUCCUCCGCAGGCAGCGGAGACGAGGAACGUGACGCCGAAACGGUACCGCAAAAACGCGGUGUCUCAGACACCGCCACCGUCUUGUUCGCCCACACAGGCCAUCAUUUCCAGCUUCUGCUUCAGCGCCUCGGCGAAGUCCCGGGAAGUGCGGCCCUUAAAAACAGUCUUCUCGCCGCGGUAGCGGACGCAGUCGGCUCGUGGAUCCUCGCGCUCUGUAAAGAGCGCGAAUCAGGCAGUCCCGCUGUCUCAGCUCCCCUGGCUUCGCGCCUCGGGUGGAGACAGAACGACGCACAGACACUGCUUUUCUGUCUCGUCCUCUGCGACUCUCUCCUGCAGCACUCUCACCGGGUCUCGCCGCCGCGCGGGUCUCCGUCUGCUCGCGCUUCGUCUCUCUCCGCUGCAAGGUUCACUUCGCCCUUUUCGCGCCUGGAGGCGAUUCUUCUGUGGCUGACGGCUCAGUGCAUAGGUGCACUGGUGUCGGAUCCGCAGGAGGAAGAGAUGCUCGGAGCCGCCUCGAGAGGCGGAGAGAUGCAGUGCGAGUCGGCGCGGGUUCUCUCGUCUCCGUCGCCUUCCUCGCGGUUCUCGGUCUCUGCUCUCUCCGCCCUCCUCGCGGAGCACGAACGGCAGAGGCUGCGGGGAAGUCCGGCGGCAGUCGGCGAUUCGUUCCCUCGGGGAAGAGAUACUUGCGCGGAAUCGGAGGAAAACAAAGACAAAGAGUUGGACGCCUCGGAAGAGGGAAGCAGCGGGUUUGCGUUUUGUCAGGCUUUCAUCCACGCACUGCCGUCGUCUUCGCAGCGGGCUCUCCAGAGCGACGUGACAGGCCAGGAGAACGCAGGCGAAACGCGCGGCUCCUCAAGCGGCAGGGACGCGAGGGGCGAUGCGCUCGGGAGGCCAUCCCUUCCGGGCGGACGGCUGUUGAAGCUGAGGAGUCUGCGAGAUAGGCUAGACAGGCUUUGUGGCGUCGUUCUCCUGGCAGCCGAGAGCGAACAAAUCGGUGACCGUUUUUCGGCGGAAGGAAGCCUUCUGUGGGUCCCGCCCGCUGCGGCUGUGGCCGAAGGCGACGGGGAGACUGAAGAGACGGACGAGCAAGGAAGGAGAGAGAAGAGAGACGGAAAAGAAGAGGAGGAGCGAUCUUCAGAGCAGCCGGGCGCGCCUGCCUCACCCAGGACUUGCGGCGCGCUGUGGCGCUCUCUCUUGGCCAGCGCCGAGACCGAGGAAGAGGCGCUCCUCAUCGCUCUCUUCGCACCGGUGUGGAGGCGCAAGGGCGCAGGCCACGAUUCGAAUCUGCUCUCUUCGGUGUCGUGGUUUGAAUCUUCUCCCGCCCUUCGCCUUCUCAGCCACUCCGCCGACCGCACGAGGGCCCUCUCGUUCGCUUCGCCUGCUGAGGGCGGAAGACCCCAGGAGGCUGCGCAGCGGGCCUUGGCGUGGCUGCGCGAUAAAACGCAGAAGAGAGCGCGCGAGGCUUCCUCCGCUUGGGGACGUCCGCCGCCUCGGCUGACUACACUCCUUGAGAAAGGCCACGCCCUUCUGCUCACGACUCUCUCGGCUCUCUCUGACGAUCCUUUCGCGCCUACGUCUCCCGCCUCUGUAGUCGUUGCCACUCUCUCGAACCGAGCCUGGGUGGACGUUUUGGAGACGGGCGCGCCGGAGGCGGAGGCCGCAAGGCGACAGAAUCUGCAGACUGCGUUGCCUGGCCUCGUCAUUUCCGGAGAUUGCGGACGGAAAGAAAGCAUCGACGGCCGGCGGGCAAUCCGUGGUGGCAUCCGCAGGCCGCCAGUUGACUCCUGGGAGGCGCAAGAUUUUUUACAAGACGAGGUUGAGCAGUCGCUCAUGUCUUCUCAGCCGCGCGCUUCUUUCCCCGGUGUCCUCCUCCCAGAAAGCUUCAAGAGCUGGCCCGCCGAGCGUGCGCGAGUGGCUGCAGCGGUCUGUGCUUGGUAUCGCGAGGUCGCCUGUGAAGCCGGGGAGAGCGAGGCAGAAGACGCCGAAUCAGGAGAGGCUGAGGAACAAGAUCGAGACGAACGGGAAGAGUACCUUCUCGCGGUUCUCGCUCACGUCUUGCAGUGGCUGACUCUCCUGCGCCCACAUCUGCUCAGCCGCCUUCUCCGGAAGGCCUGCGGCGCGGCCUCGCGGGGAGUUGGCUGCAUUCAGAGAGAGACAUGCGAGGCCUUGCGCGCAGGCGAAGCACCGGGGAUCGAAGCCGCGCAGCAGGCCGUCGAGACGAGCGAAGAGGAGGAAGAAGCGCGCUGGCGCGUGAGCGCGCUUCGAAACGCAGUCGACGAGCAUCGUCUCUCGGUCGCCGCGCCGCCGUGCUCUCGCUCCGGUGCGUUGGUCCGGAGACCCUGGAGCCGUCCAGGCCAAGACGGAGAAGCAGAAAGCGAAGGCGCCGCCGGAGAGCGUUUGACUCCUUCCUUAUGGGAGCUGGAGCGCGAACAGGGAGAGAGACUGGCUGCUCACGUGCGAGUCUCGUGGCUUCUAUGA